UGUUCCAAGGUCCGCCAGCUUGGGGUGGACUGCUGCGCCCUGGGGCUUCGGUCCGGAGGCCGCCCGCCCUCUCGGAGCCCCGGGACUGCGGGGGGUCAGCUGGGGGCGGGGAGCGCCGCGACGGCCACGAGCCCGGGAACCUGCGCGCGCCCGCGCGCGGGUGGCAGGCCCGGGGCCCCGCUCCCCCGCCUCCCCCGCCGGGCUCCGCGGUGGUCUGCGCCGGCAGCGCGCGAGGCUUGAAGCGCCCGACCGGGCGCGCAGUCCCUCAGGCGGCUUCCCGUCGGCGCCGCGCCAUGGACGCUCGGCGAGCGGAGGUCCGCGCUUUGGAAGCCGAGAUCGCGGCCCUGCGGCGCGCGUGCGAGGAGCCGCGGGCGCCGGGGGAAGACACCUCGCGAGCGCGAAAAUCCCUUCAAGAAGUACAUCAAUCAGAUUCUGGAGAAUGGGCCGCUUCAAAAGAUCUGAGAGGUCAUCUUGGACAUUUAGAAUCAGAACUUCUUUUUCUAAGCACACUUACUGGCAUCAAUAUAAUAAAUUACUCCAUGAAAACGGAGGAUCUAACAAGCACUGAGAAUACAGAAAAGAGUAUAAAGAAAGUUCUGCAGAGACACAGGUUAUCAGGAAAUUGCCACAUGAUUACAUUUCAACUUGAAUUUCAGAUUCUGGAAAUCCAGAAUAAGGAGAGUUUAUCUUCUGUUAUUACUGACCUCAACAUAAUAAUGGAGCCCACCGAAUAUUCAGAAUUAAGUGAAUUUGUGUCUAGAGCAGAAGAUAGAAGAGAUCUAUUGAUGUUUUUCCGAAGCCUACACUUUUUUGUGGAGUGGUGUGAAUAUCGUAAGUGCACAUUUGAACACUUCAAGGAGAAGUACUCAGAAGCUGUGCGCCUCCCGGAGGGGGCCGCCUCCAGCUGCAUGGUGGUCCAGAGCCCCCGCCAGCCCGGGUUUGAGCUCGUAAUCAUUUGGAGGAUACAAAUAGAUGACGAAGGGAAGGUUUUGCCAAAGCUGGAUCUUCUCACCAAAGUGCCACAGCAAGCCCUGGAGCUGGACAAGAACCGAGUCCUGGAAACUGCUCCCCUCGGCUUCCGGGCCCUGCUGGGCGUGCUGGGCAUUGAAGCCACUCUAGAGAGCCUGAUUAAGUCGCUCUGCGUGGGGGAAAACCACUAGUUCCUGGCAAACAUGCAGGUGUGUGAUUUUAUUCGACGUAAACAGUUGCCGUUUCCCACACAGAAGCCACGCCUUUAGGACACAUGGUCUGUGCAGUUACGCCCAUCGUAAACACGCUGUCUGUCGGGACGGGGAAAAAUAAACACGGCUAUUUGAAUAGAA